UACUAUCAUCCACAUGAUUUGAAAACCAUGACAGAAUGAUGAAAGCGAAUGGCACAGUCGAGACUUAAUUUGUUUUGACUAAACAGCUAUAGCAAUUUCCCUGUUUUAUUACCCCCCUCCUCAUGGUUUGCAAAACAGAUAUCGGUGCGCUCUCCAGUUGAAGACGCCGAGCAGUCCUCCAAACCAAAAGCCGUGAACAUGCCACCAAGGAAACGCUGAAGCAACCAAGUCUGACGGGGAUAAAGUAAUUGAUUUGGGCCCAUGCAUCUGGUAUGUGCAUCUGGAACAAGAACUUUCCCUUCAUAGAUACAGAGUGAGCUAGCCUUUUCCGUGUGUGCCAGUUGCGCGCCGUCUUUCAAUGUAUUUAUACGUGGGUGAGCAGUGUAGCACCUCCCCGUUACUUAGGUCAUAGAUCUUGUGCCCUCUUGUAUACUACUGUGCGUACAACAUGCAUUUUUCGUUCAGCCUAUAGCCAAGGAGGGUCCCGAGGCUUGUCUAUAGGGCCCCCUCCCUCUUCAUAUCCACCAUCUCUUGCCCUUCGUUCGGACCGGAUUGUGGAUCAUGUCGAGACACUUUGGAGGUUGUCCGGUUCCGUUGCAGGUCCGCGUGGUUUGUUUGUAACUGGAUCACAAUUUAGGUAUGGUCAGUCCCGCUGGUCUGUCUGAAGAACUAUUACAACGGGGUGAAAGUUAAAUUAUUGCCUGAGAAAUACAAGAGGCGGACGAAAGGAAAAAGUCGAUAGCAGUAGUUCCAUGUUUGAUCAGGCCACUAGUAUGGGCGAUGGGAUCGCCGAGGACAGAAACGAUCACUGUGGAUCCAACACACUUUGUCCAGACCGUAUGGAACCCAAGUGCCGUACCGAGAUAGGAAGCAGGUCCCCGGUCCAGAGCAUCGCCGACACCCCGGGGACAUCAGCAUCCACCCCAACUUCCUCAAGUGAAGAUGGACAUGAUAAACUUUUGGGAGUGGACCCUGACUACUGCCGAAGAAUUUUAGUCCGAGAUGCCAAGGGCACCAUCCGCGAGAUCGUUCUGCCAAAAGGCUUGGAUCUCGACAGGCCGAAACGCACGCGAACCUCCUUCACCGCCGAGCAGCUCUACAGACUCGAGCUCGAAUUCCAGCGCUGCCAAUACGUGGUGGGCCGGGAGCGCACAGAACUGGCGCGGCAGUUAAACCUGUCGGAGACUCAGGUGAAGGUGUGGUUCCAGAACCGCCGCACCAAGCAGAAGAAGGACACCACCAAGGACUCGGACAAGCGCUCCUCCUCGUCCUCCGAGUCGCUCGCCACCUGCAACAUCCUCCGCCUCCUCGAGCAGGGCCGCCUUCUCUCCGCCCCGGCCCCCAACCCGCUCCUCGGACCGGCCCACCACGGGAACGGCGGCCCCCUAUUGGUCAGUCCCGGGAGCUCCUCCUCGCCGGGACUGAGCAGCAGCACCCCUCCCUGUUCCGUGUCCGCGGCAACGUUCGGGUUGUCUUUGCCGUCGCUCGGAGGGAACACCUCCUCGGCGAGGCUGGGCGUGCCGCCGCGCUCCCUCUGCUUCUCCAUGCCGCUGCUGGGCGGCGCUCACCACGAACUGACGUCGGUGUACGGCUGCGGCUCGUCGGCGUUCGAGCCGUACUCCCGCUUGGACAGGAAGGAGCAGGACAUCGGAGGGAAGAAGACGGUUUCCUAAGGAAUGUGGCGAGCCAGUCGGGGGGAGGAGCUUGGUGUGUGCCAAAAUCUCCUGACCUGACCCACCUCCAACACACACACACAGGGUGGACAAAGGGGGAGAAGAUGGACCCUACCUACUAGUAUGUGGGAACGAAGAGGAAAAAGGACUACCGAACUCAGUUUGAGCGGCCAUUUUGGGUCACUGCCACCUUGUCCUCGCCAUCUCCAGCUACUGCCACAAAAUGGCAAAGACAGGACAUUGGGGGGCGGGUGGUGUGUGUGUUGUGGUGUAAGUCACACACACAAAAAAAAAAAUUGCUUGUGAAUUUAGAAAAAUGACGAUUGUGCGUGUGUGUGCGUGAUUUCUCCAGAACAGGUAUUUUUCUUAACACUACAGUGGUUUUAAUGAUGACCCACUCUGUCCCGUGUGUUUUGUGAUGUUGUUUUUUCUUUCUCUAUGCUUCCAUUUGUUGUUUAGUAAAAAAUAUAUAUCACGCAAACCUGACAUUUUAGACCCUGUUGAGCCAGUCAAAAAGCAGAAGUAAUUUCAUAAAAACACAGGAAUUGUAAUCAGACAUUGCUUUGUAAAUUAUCAGGUUUAUGCACUGAAGCAUUUUUUAAGCUAAUCAAUCAGUGUUGUCAAACACUGUUUCUGUAAAUUCUUUUAUUUGCUUUUGUUUGGACAAACUCAGAACUUGUGCUACCAGCAACUCCUAGAUCAAAUCCAAGCCGAAGUUGUAGAAAGCAGAGGUUCGUUCAGAAUGUUGGUUAGGACCAGUCCUUAUCACUGUCUGGGGGGCGGUUUGUCAAGCCACAAUGCUGUAACCCUUGUGUUCCAAUCACAUGAAGCAAAUUUAGGUCAACCUGAAGAGAUUUGACCUCUGACCUUGGUCUUCCCACCCAUCAUCCCCAGAUUAACCCGUAAUUUACCGUUCACGCACCAUCCCGCAAUACGGACAGAUACCGAUUGGCCAAGAGCCAACCCACGCCGUCCGUCGCCAUGACAAC